AUGGGGGAAGGUGACACCUUCUGGGCCCCAUCUGUCCUUCCUCACGGCAUCCUCAGCACCUUAAGCCACCACCCCCAACUGCAUUUUGGGAGGAAGAUGGAGACCAAGGUCUCAGGAGGUGGCCUGAAUGUGACCCUGACAAUCCACCUGCUGAUGCAUGGAAAGGAAGUUGGAAGCAUCAUCGAGAAGAAAGGAGAGACUGUGAAAAAGAUGCGUGAAGAGAGUGGUACCAGGAUCAACAUCUCGGAGGAAAACUGCCCAGAGAGAAUCGUGACCAUCACAGGCCCAACCGACGCCAUCUUCAAGGCCUUCGCCAUGAUCGCCUGCAAGUUUGAGGAGGACAUCAACUCCAUGAGCAACAGCCCCGCCACCAGCAAGCCCCUGACACUGAGGCUGGUGGUCCCUGCCAGCCAGUGCAGCUCCCUUAUCAGCAAAGGCGGCUCCAAGAUCAAGGAGAUCAGGGAGUCCACAGGUGCCCAGGUCCAGGUGGCCGGGGACAUGCUGCCCAAUUCCACGGAGCGGGCGGUGACCAUCUCUGGGACCCCCGACGCCAUCAUCCAGUGUGUCAAGCAGAUCUGUGUGGUCAUGCUGGAGGUACGAUCUCUGCAUCCGUGCUUGUGGCCGGCCUGCCCUCCCUCCACACUAGCAGUGGCUUCUUAG